ACACACACUUUACCCGGACACACUACAGCAUCUGCAUCUGAACACAGACAGGAGACAGAAUGAGUCCCAAACACGUCAUCUACAAGAAACUCUCCAGAGACAAAUCUGUUGGCGUUUACAUGGGAAAACGGGAUUUCGUGGAUCACUGCGACUUUGUUGAUCCUGUUGACGGUGUUGUGCUGAUCGACCCAGAGCAGACGAAAGGAAAGAAAGUCUACGUCAUGCUGUCCUGCACGUUCCGCUACGGUCGGGACGAUAUGGACGUCAUGGGAAUAGCGUUCCGCAGGGAUAUUUUCCUGUGCACACGGCAGGUCUAUCCUCCUCUCCAGGACAAGGAGCGCAGCGUACACACUAAAGUGCAAGAGAAGAUCCUGCGCAAGCUCGGAGACAAUGCGUAUCCCUUCUUCUUUGAGUUUCCAGAUAACCUGCCGUGUUCUGUAGCUCUGCAGCCGGCGUCCACAGACCCAGGAAAGCGCUGUGCAGUGGAGUUUGAGGUGAAGGCGUUCUGUGCAGAAAAUCAAGAUGAAAAAGCCCAAAAGAGGAGUUCGGUCCGGUUGGCCAUCAGAAAGAUCCAGUAUGCUCCAGAUAAAGGUGGCGCGGUCCCGUCGGCCGAGACCACCUGUGAAUUUGUGAUGUCUGAUAAACCGCUGCACAUGCGUGUCAGUCUGGAGAAAGAGACUUACUACCACGGAGAGAUGAUCAACAUCAGCGUGGACAUCGACAACAGUUCCAGCAGAAAUGUGAAGGACGUGUCAGUCUCAGUGGAGCAGGUCACUAGUGUGGUGCUUUACUCCAAUGACAAAUACAUCAGUCCUGUGGCCUAUGAUGAGACCAUGGACACUGUGCCCGCUGGUACCAGUCUGAAGAAGGUGUACAGUCUCUGUCCUCUACUGGGCAGUAACCGUGAGAGACAUGGACUCGCUCUGGAUGGAAAACUGAAGCACGAGGACACUAACCUGGCCUCCUCUAGCAUCGUGAAGGAUGAGGUUUUGAAGGAGAUUCUGGGCAUGUUGGUGGCCUAUAGGGUGGUGGUGAAGUGUAACGCAGCGGGCGUCAUUGGAUCCAGUGAGGUUGCGGUGGAGGUUCCCUUCAAACUCAUGCAUCCCAAACCUGAUCCAGAGAGUGAAGACACAACUGACCUGGUGUUCGAGGAGUUUAAACGCUCUUAUCUGAAAGGAAUCAUCGGCGAUGAUGACGAAUCUCCGGCUGAGCCUUGAGAGCUUUCUCCACGGAUGACACGUAUAUAAGUGUUUUAUGCUGGCAGAAUCGUGCAUAUAAAGCAUUAGUGGAUGCAUGUUGAGAAUUUGUAGGGUUUUAAUGCGAGAACUUAUAAGCCAAGAAAAACAAACUGGCCGAAUAAUCAUAAAUGACUGCAUAUAUUCACUGCUAAUAAUUAUAUACACUCUUAAAAUGAAAUGGUUCUAUAUGGAAUUAUUCAUGUAUAAAACUUCCCAUCAUUGGAUAAUUUUAUGAAUGUACUUUUAAUUAAACAGCUCAUAAAAAUACUUUAUAACU